UCUCAUCUCAUUGCCUUUAAAAAGGAUCAAACAUAGUAUAGCUUGGACUCUUUUUGCCGUCUAUGAUCUCUCUCAAUCUCGCAUCUAAUUAGCUCUCUCUCUCUCUCUCUCUUUGUGUUUUCAUCUCCUCUUUCUCAUUAAUGGGUUCAAAUUUUCAUUACUCUAUAGAUCUUAACGAAGAUCAGAACCAUCACGAACAACCCUUUUUUUGUCCUCUUGGAUCAUCCUCUUCUCUUCUUCAUCAUCAUCAUCAUCAUAAUCAUCAAGUCCCUUCUAAUUCUUCAUCUUCGUCCUCGUCCAUUUCGUCUCUAUCCUCUUACCUCCCUUUCUUGAUUAACUCUCAAGAAGAUCAACAUGUUGCCUACAACAACACUUAUCAUGCUGAUCAUCUCCAUCUUUCUCAACCCCUCAAGGCCAAGAUGUUUGUGGCUAACGGUGGAUCAUCAUCAUCAUACGAUCACAUGGUGCCAAAAAAGGAGACAAGACUGAAACUAACGAUAAGGAAAAAAGAUCACGAAGACCAAACCGAUCAUCUUCAUCAAAACCCGACAAAACCUGAUUCAGACUCCGACAAGUGGUUGAUGUCCCCAAAGAUGCGGUUGAUCAAGAAAACAAUCACCAACAAUAACCAGCCUACUGAUCAUGAGACUAAUAAUAAUAAUCAUAAGGGAAAUGAUCACUACCCUUUGAAUCAUAAGACUAAUUUCAACGAAGAUCACGACGAUCUCAAUCUCAAGAAAGUCUUGACCAGGACAACCACGGCAGCGACCACGGAUAAUCGUUACAAUACAAGCAACGAGAUUGGUUAUGGUAAUAACAAUGGCGUGGUUAGGGUUUGCUCGGAUUGUAAUACCACCAAGACUCCUCUUUGGCGAAGUGGACCUCGAGGUCCCAAGUCUCUUUGUAACGCAUGUGGCAUAAGGCAAAGAAAGGCAAGGCGCGCCGCUAUGGCCGCGGCCGCAGCUUCGGGUGAUCAGGAGGUGGCGGUAGCAGCCCGAGUGCAACAGUCACCACUGAAAAAGAAGUUGCAAAACAAGAAAAAGAGAUCAAACGGAGGGGAAAAAUACAAUCUCUCUCCUCCAGUGGUGGCCAAGGCCAAAAAGUGCAAGAUGGUCCAAGCUGAAGAGGAGGAAACGGUUGCGGGAGAUUCCGAGAUCAGCAAAUCAACAACUUCUUCUAAUUCAUCAAUUUCGUCGAACAAAUUUUGCUUUGAUGAUUUGACGAUCAUGUUGAGCAAAAGCUCAGCUUAUCAACAGGUGUUCCCACAAGAUGAGAAGGAGGCUGCUAUUUUGCUCAUGGCUCUGUCGUAUGGAAUGGUUCACGGUUGAUCAGAUCGAUAAUCACAAUAUCCUGAUUACAAAAAGGUUUAGUUUUUAUAGUUAUAUAGACUAUAGUGAUAAUAAUAAUGAUUAAUUUGUUAAAUCUUGGAGUGGUUAAUUUAGUUUUUGCAGUUGGUCUAAUAUCAGGUGUCAUAAAGAUUUUAUAAUAAGUGUGUGAGAGUUUAAUACGAUGAUUAAUAUGUUUAUGGAGAUUUUGGUUUAGAGUUUGUGUUGUGUUUCUUUUUUUUUCUUUUUUUCUUUUUUUCGAUGGUGCAUUAAUCACCCGAUAAUGUGGGUAUUAUUGUUCAUUUACAUCUUUAUAUUGUGUAACGAGAUUCGCGUAAUAAUAUAAUCAGUUAAGAGUAAA